AUGUCCCCACGUCUCAACUGGACGCCAGCCUCGCUACCGUCGCUGAAAGGACGCACCUAUGUGGUGACAGGCGGCAACACUGGAAUCGGAUACUGGACGGUGCACCAUCUCGCGCUGCACGGGGCGACCGUGUACAUGACCUCACGAUCAGCGGAAAAGGGGACGUCGGCGAUCUCUUCAAUCACAGCCGCCAUCAAAGAGAAACACCCUGAAGUCGACGUCGACGACGUCGAGAAGCGGAUCCACCUGGUGGUGAUGGACCUGAUGUCCUUACGCACUGUGGUAGCAGGCGCGAAACGCAUCCUCUCAGAAUGCACGCAGCUGCACGGGCUGGUCAACUCGGCAGGGAUUAUGGCCACGCCGUACCUUCUCAGCGAAGACGGGUACGAGUCGCAGUGGCAGACCAACUACGUGGCGCACUGGCUGCUGACACACCACUUACUGCCCUUACUAGAGUCGACGGCCCGGGUAUCGCCCGAGGGAGUCGUCCGCGUGGUCAACGUCUCGUCCAUGGGCCACGCCGCGACGUCCAAGGAAGGCAUUCGCUUCGAGGACACUUCUCUCAAGGACGCAUUCACAUUCCGCCGCUACGCGCAGAGCAAACUGGCCAACAUCCUGCACGCCAACGCCCUGCAUGCGCGGUACAACAACAACAACAACAAGCCGUCCUCAAGCGGCGAAGAAGCCAAUCCCCCUCCCCCACACAUAUGGGCCAUCUCCCUGCACCCAGGCAACAUCAACACACAACUCAACACCCACGCAUGGGGCGGACACACACUCGUGCCCCUCCUGCGCUGCAUGGGGGUGUACAUCACGCCCGAGCAAGGGAGCUACAACUCUUUAUGGGCCGUCGCCGCCGCCCCAGAAGUCUCGCGUGACAUGUCGGGACACUACUUCAUCCCCGUCGGCGAGCGGAAACAACCCAGUAAAUUGGCCCAGGACCCCGAGGGAACGCUGGCAGGGAAGCUGUGGGACUGGACGGAGAGAGAGAUGAGGGGGAAGGGGUUCUUGGAUUAG